AAACACUUACCGUCACCUCAUUCCAACAACAAAAUUCUAAACACGUGGACGCUGUAGUCUAAGCCUUCGAAAUUCUAUAAGGCGUUAACGUGAAAAAUGGCCAAGUCUCUGCGAUCAAAAUGGAAGCGGAAAAUGCGGGCUGUCAAACGGGUUCGUUACGGAGAGAAGGAAAACAUCCGAUUACUCAACAUGCUGGAAAUGGCCAAGAAAUCUCAAGAAGAGCGAGAAUUAGAGAAAAGCAAGACCCAGAUGGAACAUGAGCCCCAACCCUUGGGGGCACCCGCAUCAGACAAAGUGGGCGAACCCAUGGAAGGCGACGGCAGUGGAGAGAAACACAGUGCUAAAACGUUGAAGAGUGAGAGUGGCUCCUAUCCCGUAUGGUUGUCUAAUCGCAAGAUUCAAAAGCUAAAGACCAAGAACAAGGUCAAGAAGAAUCCAGAGGGCAAGGUUAAUAAGCGGCACAAGAAGAAGUAUUUGUGAAUCAUCACCGGCUCCGUAUCAUUUUUUUUGUAAUACCAAUACUAUGUUUCAUUCAGAAAAUUAAACCAAGAACUUGGGUUCACAAAGCAGA